AUGCGAAAUCUUUUUUUCCUUUUCAUUUCUUUUUUCUUUCUUCUUUUCUUUAAUCUUUCUAUUUUCUUUCUUUCAUUCUUUUUUUUUUUCUUUUCUUUUUUAUUUUCCUUUUUUUGGGACUGUCUUUCCUUUUUUUCUCAAUUUUCUUUUUUCGACCUUUCUGUUCGGAUUCUCUUUUUUUCAUUUUUUAUUUUUCUUUUCAUCCUUUUUCUUUCAUUUUUCCUGCUCUUAAUUUUUUUCCCUUCUUUCAAUUUUCACACGCUCCCGUCAUUUUUUUUUAGCAUUCUUCUUUUCUUGCAUUGUUCGUCUAUUCCUUUUUUUUCUUUUUCAUCUUUUCUUUUUCUCCAACAUUCGCUGCCGUUUUUUCUUCCUUUUUUCUUUCUUUCAUUUUCUCUCCCACUAAUGUCUUUCUUCUUCUUUUUUUUUUUUCUUUCUUUUCUAGUUUAUUUUUCUUAUUUCCUUGACCUUUCCCACUGUACUUUUUUUUUUCUUUUCAUUUUCUCCUUUCUUUCUUGUCAAGACUUUAAAAUUCUUUGUCUGCUUGAUUCUAGUGUUCCUGUUUCAAAAUUCCCCCAAUUUCAACUGGUCAAUUUUUUGUCUCGUCGCCAGUUUUUCUUUCUUUUCUUAAAAUUUUCAAUUGUUCGCUUUUUUCCUUCUAUUUUUCUGAUUUUUUUUCCGAAUCCUUUUUAUUCUUCCUUUUUAUCUUUCCGGCAUUUUGUCCCUCUUUCUUUUCAGCAUCAUUUCAAUUGUUCUUUUCUGAACUUCUUCUCAAUUUUCUUUUUUUUCUUCUUCUUCUUUUUGAGUCCUUUGCUUUUAAUGUCAUUGUCUCCUUUGUCUUUCUUUUCAUUUUUUCUUUUUGACCUUCAUUUCAAUCAUCUCAGAUUUCCUUUUCUUCUUCUUCUUUUCAAUUUGCUUCUUUUAAUAUUUAGACUUUACUCAAUUGUGUCUUUCUUUCUUUCUUUUUCUUAG